AUAUAAUAAUAUAUAAAGUUCACAUCUCAAUAGCCAACCAUAAAUUCCAAACCUCCACACCGACCGUUUGAUCAAAAUCAAACGGCCAGCGUUAACCCUCUCCCAUCAUUUACCCUUUUAAAUAUAAUCUCCGCCUUCCUUCACUCAGUUCCACCAUUUCUCGUUUCUCCGCCGUCGACGCAACCGUCUUAAAUGGCCUCCGUCGCAUUCACCUCCUCCUGCCCCCUCGGCUACUCACGUAUCAAAUCACUUGCUUUCUCUUCCAGAUCAUGUCCAAACCCGGUCUUUUCCCACCCGUUUCUCCCAAAAUCCACUUCACAUAAUUCCAGCUUCAUUAAACCGUUAAGUCUCACUCCAAUCAUAACGAACAAUGGAAUCCAGAAAAGACACAGCAAGUUAACUGUCAAAGCGGCGGCAUCAACUCCAGCCGCCGUAACUCCGCCGUCCCAGCAACCAUGGCAAGGUGCAGCAUUAAAGCCAUUGAUAGCCUCGAUUGCUACAGGUGUCAUUCUCUGGUUCCUUCCCGUCCCAUCCGGUGUCUCUCGUAACGCCUGGCAGCUACUUUCCAUUUUCCUCGCCACAAUCGUCGGCAUCAUCACUCAACCAUUACCACUCGGAGCUGUGGCUUUACUUGGACUAGGAGCUUCCGUCCUCACCAAAACCCUAACCUUUUCCGCUGCCUUCUCCGCUUUUGGCGAUCCCAUUCCUUGGCUAAUCGCUCUCGCCUUCUUCUUCGCUCGGGGUUUCAUCAAGACUGGACUUGGUAAUCGAAUCGCUUACCAAUUCGUUUCCUUAUUCGGAUCUUCCUCUUUAGGUUUAGGCUACAGCUUAGUCUUCAGCGAAGCUUUAUUAGCGCCGGCAAUUCCAUCCGUAUCCGCACGCGCUGGAGGAAUUUUCCUCCCUCUAGUCAAAUCUCUCUGCGCCGCGUGUGGCAGCAACGUGGGUGACGGAACGGAAAAUAGAUUAGGAUCUUGGUUAAUGCUGACAUGUUUCCAAACUUCCGUUAUUUCUUCUUCGAUGUUUUUAACUGCAAUGGCGGCGAAUCCAUUAAGUGCUAAUUUAGCUUUCAAUACCAUUAAACAGCAGAUCGGGUGGAUGGAUUGGGCUAAGGCGGCAUUCGUGCCGGGUUUAGUUUCGUUGCUUGUUGUGCCAUUGAUUUUGUAUGUUAUUUAUCCACCAACGGUGAAAACUAGUCCCGACGCGCCAAAGCUUGCUAGGGAGAAACUGGAGAAGAUGGGGCCGAUGUCCAAGAAUGAGAUUAUCAUGGCUGGGACUCUAUUUCUAACGGUGGGGCUCUGGAUUUUUGGAGGGGUGUUAAAUGUGGAUGCUGUUACCGCUGCCAUUCUUGGGUUAUCUGUCCUACUUGUGACUGGGGUAGUAACAUGGAAGGAGUGUCUUGCUGAAUCAGUUGCAUGGGAUACACUUACUUGGUUUGCUGCACUCAUCGCUAUGGCUGGGUAUUUGAACAAAUAUGGUCUCAUCUCAUGGUUUAGUCAAACCGUUGUUAAGGUCGUAGGUGGAUUAGGUCUUUCAUGGCAAAUGUCAUUUGGCAUUCUGGUUCUUCUCUAUUUCUACUCGCAUUACUUCUUUGCCAGUGGAGCUGCUCAUAUUGGUGCCAUGUUUACAGCCUUCUUGUCUGUGGCUAGUGCUUUGGGCACUCCAUCGUAUUUGGGAGCCCUUGUUCUAUCAUUCCUCUCCAACCUAAUGGGAGGCAUUACUCAUUAUGGAAUUGGAUCCGCACCUGUAUUCUAUGGGGCGGGCUAUGUACCACUAGCAAAAUGGUGGGGAUAUGGUUUCCUGAUAUCGGUGGUGAAUAUUAUAAUCUGGCUUGGAGUAGGAGGCAUCUGGUGGAAGGCUAUCGGCUUGUGGUAAGGCAGAAUGUCAUAAAAUUUGCUGAUACUGAGCUAAGAAGGAUUUCUCACCUAACUUGAAGUUUACAGUUUCUUCUUCACAUCGGAAACUGAUUUGUCUUUGAUUCUUUACGUUGCAGAAAUAAUCUUUAUAGUGGGGUGGGGUUUAGAGGGUUGGAAAAAGAAGAAAGAUUUGAGUUUGAGGUGGAGGUAUUAGAGCAGAGCUUAGAUCUUUACCACAAAUUUUGACAAAUGGAAAAUACAUUAUUAUUUUGAAUACGAAUUUUUGGGUUAUGGAUUAUGAGGCAAGGUAAGGUGGUGCCAACAAUGUCAUGGUUUUAUUGUAUUUUUUAAAGUGCCUGUCGGGUUCUUACCUCUGUUUACUUUGAGUUAGAACUCUAAUGGAAUUUUUUGCCUUCA